AAAAGUGAGAAAAUUUACAUUUCACCUCCUAAGAAAUAAGAACCGUCUCACCCGAACGAGAAACAGAGAACAGCGAGCUAGGGUUUCGCCGGCUAGUCUUCACACACGCACGAAGGAGAUCGUGGGCAACAAGUUCGUUCGAGUCAAUUGGGACGGUUCUACGAAGGAUUGAAAUUUGAGUGAAAACUGAAGUGGACGAGCAGAAAAGAUGUCUAGAAAAGGUUUGAUGGAGCAGGAUUUAAGUAAGUUGGAUGUAACUCAACUUCAUCCACUAUCACCUGAAGUGAUCUCUCGUCAGGCCACAAUUAACAUUGGUACAAUCGGCCACGUGGCUCAUGGGAAGUCAACUGUUGUAAAAGCUAUAUCUGGUGUCCAGACUGUUCGCUUUAAAAAUGAACUUGAACGUAAUAUCACAAUUAAGCUUGGAUAUGCCAAUGCAAAGAUAUAUGAAUGUGAAGAUGAACGCUGCCCUAGACCUAUGCGCUACAAGGCAUAUGGAAGUGGAAAAGAAGACAGUCCUAUGUGUGAUGUGCCUGGAUUUGAGAACUGCAGGAUGAAGCUGCUAAGGCAUGUGUCAUUUGUUGAUUGCCCUGGCCAUGAUAUUCUUAUGGCUACUAUGCUUAACGGAGCAGCAAUUAUGGAUGGAGCAUUACUUCUAAUUGCUGCCAAUGAGAGCUGUCCACAACCUCAGACUUCUGAGCAUUUAGCAGCUAUUGAAAUUAUGCGCCUCCAGAAUAUAAUCAUUCUUCAGAACAAGGUUGAUCUAGUGCAAGAGAAUGUUGCCAUUAACCAGCACGAGGCCAUUCAAAAGUUCAUCCAGGGCACAGUUGCUGAUGGUGCUCCAGUAGUUCCUAUAUCUGCUCAAUUGAAAUACAACAUUGAUGCUGUCUGUGAAUACCUUGUGAAGAAAAUCCCCAUUCCAGAACGAAACUUCAUUUCACCUCCAAAUAUGAUUGUUAUCCGCUCUUUUGAUGUUAAUAAGCCUGGUUCCGAAGUUGAUGAGAUCAGAGGUGGUGUAGCCGGAGGCAGUAUAUUGAAGGGCGUCUUGAGGGUUAAUCAGAGAAUUGAGGUUCGCCCCGGUAUUGUUGUCAAGGAUGAGAAUGGGAACAUCAAAUGCACCCCCAUAUAUUCCAGGAUAGUUUCUUUGUAUGCUGAUCAGAAUGAACUCCAGUUUGCUGUGCCUGGAGGCUUGAUUGGGGUUGGAACCACCAUGGACCCAACAUUGACACGUGCCGAUCGGCUGGUGGGACAAGUUCUUGGUGAGGUUGGGUCCCUCCCAGAAAUCUUUUGCGAGCUAGAGGUGAAUUUCUUUUUGUUGCGCCGGCUGUUGGGGGUGAGAACAAAAGAGUCAGAAAAGCAAGGCAAGGUAACAAAGCUGACAAAGGGAGAAAUACUUAUGUUGAACAUAGGAUCCAUGUCCACCGGGGCCCGCGUCGUUGCUGUCAAGAAUGUCUUUGCAAAACUUCAGCUGACAUCUCCAGUGUGCACCAGCAAAGGUGAGAAAAUUGCCCUUAGCCGCAGAAUUGAGAAGCAUUGGCGUCUUAUAGGGUGGGGUCAGAUUCAAGCCGGGAUUACCCUCGACGUCCCCCCUGCUCCUUUCCAAUGAUGAUGUAAGAGUCUCUCAGCCUUUUCUUACUCUGUUUCCUGGAGAUAUAUUUUUUUUUAAUCCACCAAAAAACAAAAAAGAAAUUGGAAUUAAACAUGGGAUGGGAGGAUAUUUUGUUCGUCGUUUCCAAUUUUGAACACUUGAUCACAUUGUGUUUUUUCCCCAUUGCAUUUUUAAUCAAUUUUUUCCCAAAACAUGGUUUGAUGGAGUGUUCUGUACUUGUAAUACAUGAAUCUGUUCUGGUCCUUUAAUAUAUUGAUUAAUUCCGGUUGCGGUCCUUUAAUACCCGAGU